AUGGCUUUCGCGGUGCUGCAGGCAAUGCGGCACCUGGUUUCCAUUACGGUGAUCGUGCUUACUGCACUCACCUUCAACAUGUUCAGAGGAUCCCAAUCCCCUACUUGGUGGGGCCGAUACCUGGUCUAUCCAGCAACCUACGUGCUGGCAGUCCAGGUUGGUGCUACUCACAUGCUGCCGAUGCUGAUCGUCGGCACCCUGCUGCGCUAUGCGGUGAAUCUGCUCUUCACCGCCCUCUCAAAGUUGGACACCUUCGCUGAGCCGGUGCGCAUCCAUAGGACGAAUCCUCCUGCGGAGCAGCAUGAGCGCGAGCUGGACUCCGGGCUCCUAGACGGUCUACGUGCUGUGCUUUGCUGUGCACUCACAACCGCUCACAUGCUGAUGCUGGACACAGGUAGUGCUUGCAUUGUUUGCUUAUGCCAGGACUGGGACGGUCCGGUCAUCCUUUCGCCAACUGCCUUCGUGCUGGCCGGGCAGCCUGGCUCCGCUGCCCCGACCCGCAUCCCAACAUGCCGUUGA